UAUCGAAAGAAUACUUCUAAGUUUUGCUCUAAGACUGAUCUCUGAAAAUUUACUCAAAAUUGCACGAGCCUAAAUCAAUUAAUCAAUUUGAAAUAAUUUUUCCAUAUUAAGAGAGGUGUAACUGAUCCUUAACUGCUCGCUAACUUUCAUACACGAUUACCCAUUUAUUAUGUGACUGUGAAAAUUAAGAACGCCGGCAUGUUAAUUUGCACUAAAGUGCAACUGAAUUAAAAAUUAACGAUAAAUUUGCCUACUCUCAGCUUAUCGAAAUGAAUCAAUUUUCUCCUUCAUUUAUAAACACAGUCAACUGCGACGAUGAUCUUGAGCUUUUUUUCCUCUCGCCUUUAUCUCACCAUGGGCUUGAAGAAAGGAUGCUGAAGAAUUGUUUGUGGCUACGGAGAACCAAUUAAUACACUGGUAGUUGCUUAGUACCAUGGGUCCCAUUGUUCCGUGUUGUUGAAGCCUUUUAACGGGUGGUCUCCUAAAAGCUGUCUCAAUUAAAAACUGUCAAAAGUUAAACUGUUUGGAUAAGAAGAUCCAGAAGAUCACUUUUCAAUUUUUCCAUCUAUAACCAUCACAUAAAGAAAAUUCCACUCACUUUCGACAUCAAGAAGAUAAAAAAGAGUCUCAGAAACAUGCUACAAUAUGGUUUGUACUUCGCUUUCUUUCUGCUGUCGUCUGUAAGAGCCAAUCAGAACGAUCACCAGCUUGAUGGCAGCCGUGGUUUAAAGAGAGGUGUUCAUGUGCAGGGAAAUCGAGUAUCGUACGGCAAUUUUGCAGUGGACAAGUUUCAUCGUCUUCGAGUAUCAGUUGGUUCAUCGAGUGUUGUGAGUAAUUACAGAGAAUGUGCUCUGAGCUGUGUGAACACUCCGCCAUGUUCUUCGUUUAAUGUGGCCUCGUCUCCUCGUUCAGACGGAAAAUACCGAUGUGAGUUGUUAAACGAAGACAAGUACUCGGCACACCCAGGCCAGCUGGUCAGUUCACAGGAUUACCACCAUUACAGCAUUAAGACACCAUGCUCAAGCUCACCUUGUCAAAACGGUGCAAAGUGUGUUCCCAAUUACAGUGAGGACGAAUACCAAUGUGAUUGUGCUCCUGGCUACACAGGAAGACACUGUGAAACAGAUAUCAACGAAUGUUCCAGUAAUCCCUGUUUAAACGGAGCGACGUGUGUUGACCAAGUUAAUGGAUAUGUUUGUAGCUGCCAGCCUGGAUUCACAGGAGUCUACUGCGAACCUGGUAAGUACUUCAUUCAUUUUCGAAUUUUCAAUCAGCAUGGCAAAUCGCAUCUUUAUUAAAUGCCAUGGAAUCAGCUCACCGGAUUGCCUUAAAAACUCGCUCUACUUUUUCAAUCAAUCAGAAAUAACACCAAAACCAAUCGCAACUCGCACAUCUUUUUCGCGCCUCGCCCAGCUAAAUGUAUUUACUACAAGUUUUGAUUGGUUUACUGUAUUGUCU